AUUACAGGCGUGAGCCACCGCGCCAGGCCUUGGGUGGGUUUUUUGGUGGGUCUCCAUUCUCUGUGACUCUGAUUGCCUGAGUACAUCCUCUCCUGUUUCUUUGCUUUCCAGACCCUCUCUUGGAUUCUCUGUCUCUACUCUCUUUCUCUCUGUCUCACCCUCAGCCUCCAGUUCAUUUCCUUUAACUUGCUAACACUAACUCUCUUUUCCUCCCUGCUGCAGAUUAGGCAGAAGCUCUGAACACUACAUUAAUUUCUUUACAAAAGAAGAGAAGAAAAAGCAUUCAGUAGGAGCCCAUGGCAAAGGUUACCUGGUCGCAAUAGGGCAAAUGUUUUUGUUUUUUGUUGUUUUUAUAAAAAACCUCUCAACAUCCUAAUAAUAACAAAGAACCUUUCUCCCUUCUAAAAAGCAAAACACUAAUUCUAGAAAUCUCUCUGGGUUUCUGAAGAGGUGGGCUCUUCAGCUGACAUAAAUUAAUAAAUGGAAAAGAAAGAAGCCCCUUAAAGAAUACAUAACUAGCAGUCGCCGGCUCUCCUGGGACAGCUUCUCCAUGGAAAUGUGAGUCGUCAGGGGCGGGAGAAAGGAGUGCGGAGGAGGUAACUGAGCCUCAGUGGGAUAACAGGAGCCCUGGGUUAUGUUGCUGCCUCUGCCACCAUACAGCCAGGUGAAUGAGGCUAGGUGAGCCACAAAACCCCUGGGCCACUGUGUUGUCAUUUUCAGCCCUGACUUUCCUACCUAUCAUUUGCCUGUGUUCAUGUUCAUAGUCUCUAUGCCGGGGGCUUUUCCAACUCAUCAUGUGUUUUUAUGUGUUUUUUUGUUUGUUUGUUUUGCCUUCUUUGGAUUUCCUCUGGACUGGACUGGACUGGAACCUCUAAGAAGCACUGUCAUUUAUAGGCUGUGUUCCCAGUGACCCACUGGGUCACGAGGAGAGAGCUGCUGGGGCCAGGAGGAGGACGUGGAAGGCUGGGUCAGCCAGUGCAGUCGUCACUCCCAACAGGGUCCUGGGAGAAGGGGCUCAGCAUUUCCUGAAGGCACAUGACUCCCAAAAAUAGACAGAGGGAUGGGAAGAGGAUUUGGUCAUCCCUUUCCUCCUGUCAACUCAGCUCUUCCUUCUGGUUGUCCAAACUAUGCAGCCUCUUGUAAAUGUUUUUCAUUCAAAUGUGUCCCUGCCACUGGAGGGUGGGGGUGGGGAUGUGAGCUCUGUUUUCUCCUAUGUUGUAAAUCCAAACAAGAACUGAAAAAGACAUACAUGGCUUUUGUUUGUUCAUUUACCCACAGUAACCUCUCAUGAGUCCGUCUCAAUAUAAGGCCAGAGUUUUUUCAGUGAGGUUUUUUGUUGUUUUUUUUUGACAUUUGGAUCUUUUUUAAUAAAACAAACAUUUAUAGGAGUUCAUUUACAUAAGAAUCACAUUCAUUCCUUAGUCAAUCUUAGUAUCGAUACAAACCCAUGAAGGUGCAUCUUAAUUGUAGUCAGAGAAACACAAAGGAUGAUUAUAAUUUCAAGUGGAAAAUAAGAGCUCUGUUACAUAUCAGAAGCACUUCUGGUUAACAUUAACAGCAUUUUCUAUCUCUCUGGAAUCUUAACAGUUGGGAAGUUUCAACUGAUUUGUAUUAUGCCAUUCAGUGAGGUUUUAUUGGGAAAGAAGUAAGGAGGGAUAUUGUACACCUUCUGAUACCAUGACGUAUUUAACUUCAUGCAAGGGUUCACCAUAUCUUCCCGCUGUAAUGCUUAUAGUAUGCUCUUUACGUCCUCAGAAAGGUUAGGUCUCAUGACAUCAGCCUGACUAAGACUUCAGAUGUUCUUAGCACUUGUAGUGACAGGAAGACUCUCCUUAAGGAGAGAAAGGGACUUCUUGAAAGCUACUCUUGUGCUAUCCAUAGUGUAGAGCUGCAAUCCCCAACCCCCAGCCUGGGGACUGGGUAGCAGUCUUGUCUGGCUGCACAGCGGGAGACGGUGGGCGAGCCAGGGAAGCUUCAUCUGUAUUUACAGCCCCUCCCCAUUGCUUGCAUCACCGCAUAAGGUCCGCCUCCUGUCAGAUCAGGGGCGGCAUUAGAUUCUCAUGGGAGCGUGAACCGUAAGGUGAACUGCCCAUGCGAGGGAUCUAGGUUUCGAGCUCCUUAUGAGAAUCUAAUGCCUGAUGAUCUGAGGCGGAGCUAAGGCGGUGAUGCUUGCGCUGGGGAGUGGCUGCAGAUACAAAUUAUCAUUAGCAGAGAGGUCGGAAUGCACAAUAAAUGUAAUGCACUUGAAGUAUCCCAAAACCAUGCUAUCCUCCCAAUUCCCCCACUUCUUCCUCCCACCCCCCAAAUUGUCUUCCAUGAAACUGGUCCCUGGUGCCAAAAAGGUUGGGGACCACUGCUGUAGAGAACGAUCAGAUCAUACCCAACCUCCUGUGCUAGGUUGGAGGCCAAAUAAAUGAAGGCUUUAGUUUUUUCAGUGGCUGAAAUUUGUUCAGCUUCAGCCGUAUGCAGAUUCAUGUUUAAAAUGGUCACAUAAUGCUAUGAGACACAUACAUCCUUCCUUUUUCACUUUGGGAAAGUCAUUCAAUAUGGAUUGAACAUGGCACUAUGUGUUAGUGGUAAUUCUUCCGGUUGCAUAAGCAAACUAGAGUAGGAGGGUAUCUUGUGGAACCCUUGGGCAGGAAGGCAGCCUGGCCUCAGGAGUGGAAUAGAUGGGGGGGGGGUGCAAAGCCAUUUUUCUUCUGGCAUCAUUCUUCUCCACCAGGUGCUCUCUGGCCCUUAGUCCACAAGCCCGGUGUUUUUGCAUCCGGGUCACACAGAGAUUGACGCAACUCCCCUGGAAGGAAUCUGACUGGCUCAACUUGAGUUAGGCAUUCCUUGGAGCCAAUCAGAUGUGACCUGGGGGGUGGGUCCAUAGUUCACUCACGGCUGCCGGUGUCCUGCUGACCCGUGGACGAGGGAAGGGGCAGUUUGCAGAAAAUCGUGACUCUUAGGUGACCUGGAGCUCCUCUCGGUGCUGACAUGAUGACAGUGUACAGGCCGGCCGAGGGCAGCCACAGCCAGACCGAAAACCUGAGCUACAAAUUGGCUGACAAGGUCAAGGUGGAAGAUCCAAAGACCGGGGAAGACCCUCAAAGGCAACCAAUUGGGUCCUUCAUUCCUUUCCUAGAGGCUGGUCAGGAGCCACCCUUCAGAAGGAGCCCAUUGGAAAGCCUCAGUAACCUCGUGCUAGAGUCAAGAGUGGACAUGUUCAGCUCAAAUAUGAUCAUCAGUGACCCAGCUGCAGAAGCCAGCAGGGCCGGGAAGAAGCAGCUCAGAGGUGCUCAGAACCCCCACCCAUCUGCCAGGGUCGGAGCCCGGCACAAGUCCCUCAGCAUUAAGGAUAAGAUAUCAGCAUGGGAAGGGAAGAAGGAGUCACCCACUCCUGCACCCGGCAGGAGAGCAGACGGACAAGAGGAUUAUCUGACAUCCUGUGUGGUGGGGAGGAGAAGUAGUGAUGGGGUGAGACCUCAGGCCACAGAGGCUAAGAUUGGAACAAGGCUGGAAGUAGAGAGCAGAGAAAAUGAGAGGAAUAAAGGAGGAGUGAAAGUUAGGGGACAGGACCCAGAGCAGAGGCAAGACCCAAGCCAGCUGGACAGGGUGCUGGAUCCUAGCUUGGGCAGGGGCCGAGAGCCAAGGGUUGGCAAGCGCUUUCAGAAUGAUCACCUCUCGGUGCUGAAGCAAGUCAAGAAACUUGAGCAGGCUUUGAAGGAUGGGUCGGCAGGGUUGGAUCCCCAGUUGCCUGGGACUUGUUAUUCACCACACUGCCUGCCCGACAAGGCAGAGGAGGGGCCCACCCUGCCUGAGAACCUGGGAGGCGGGGGAGGCUCGGAAGUCAGCCGGAGAGCCCACCACUUGGACCUGGAAGGCAGGAUGCCUGCCUCUGAGGCUGCUGAGGACAGGAAAGGUUCUUGCGGAAAGCCUGGGGACCAGAGCCUUGAGAGUGUGUACAGGGGUUCGGAGGGGUCCCCCCCAAAGCCCUUCAUCAACCCCCUGCCAAAGCCCCGGAGGACUUUCAAACAUGCCGGCGAAGGGGACAAGGAUGGGAACCCAGGCAUCAGCUUCAGGAAAGAGAAAAGAAACCUGCCUCCCCUGCCCUCUCUGCCUCCCCCGCCCCUGCCCUCCUCUCCCCCGCCUCCCUCUGUGAACAGAAGGCCAUGGACCGGGAGACAGAAAUCCAGCGCUGACCACAGAAAGUCCUAUGAGUUUGAAGACUUACUGCAGUCUUCCUCUGAGAACAGCAGGGUGGACUGGUACGCACAGACUAAGCUGGGACUCACACGCACUUUAUCGGAGGAGAACGUCUAUGAAGACAUUCUAGAUCCACCAGUGAAGGAAAACCCUUAUGAGGACAUCGAGUUACAUGGUCGCUGCCUGGGGAAGAAGUGUGUCUUGACCUUUCCUGGUUCUCCCACCUCUUCAAUCCCUGACACACCCACCAAGCAGUCAUUGUCCAAACCUGCUUUUUUCCGGCAAAAUUCAGAGAGGAGGAACUUCAAACUGCUGGACACUAGGAAGCUGAGUCGGGAUGGAACUGGGUCCCCUUCCAAAAUCAGCCCCCCCUCCACUCCCAGCAGCCCUGAUGACACGUUCUUUAACCUCGGAGACCCACAGAAUGGCAGGAAGAAGAGAAAGAUACCCAAGCUGGUGUUGCGAAUCAAUGCCAUUUAUGAGGCCCGGAGAGGAAAGAAACGGGUGAAGAGGCUGUCCCAGUCCACGGAGAGCAACUCAGGAAAAGUGACAGAUGAGAACAGUGAGUCUGACAGUGACACGGAGGAGAAGCUGAAAGCUCACAGCCAGCGCCUGGUCAAUGUGAAGUCCCGCCUGAAGCAGGCGCCUCGGUACCUGUCCCUUGACCGUGAACUCAUCGAGUACCAGGAGAGGCAGCUCUUCGAGUACUUUGUGGUCGUGUCUUUGCACAAGAAGCAGGCCGGGGCUGCCUACGUGCCGGAACUCACCCAGCAGUUCCCGCUGAAGUUGGAAAGGUCUUUCAAGUUCCUGAGAGAGGCUGAGGACCAGCUAAAGGCUAUUCCCCAGUUCUGUUUCCCCGAUGCCAAGGAUUGGACUCCUGUCCAGCAGUUUACCAGUGAAACAUUCUCAUUUGUCUUGACCGGAGAAGACGGGAGCAGAAGGUUCGGUUAUUGCCGAAGACUGCUGCCUGGAGGCAAAGGGAAGCGUCUUCCUGAAGUUUACUGCAUUGUGAGCCGCCUGGGAUGCUUCAGCCUCUUCUCAAAGAUCUUGGAUGAGGUAGAAAAAAGACGAGGCAUCUCUCCUGCCCUGGUGCAGCCCCUCAUGAGGAGUGUCAUGGAAGCCCCUUUCCCAGCCCUGGGCAAAACCAUCCUUGUCAAGAACUUCUUGCCGGGUUCAGGAACUGAGGUGAUUGAACUGUGCCGCCCGCUGGACUCCCGGCUCGAACACGUGGACUUUGAGUCUCUCUUCUCCUCUCUCAGCGUCCGCCACCUGAUCUGUGUUUUUGCGUCCCUGCUUCUGGAAAGGAGGGUCAUCUUCAUUGCAGACAAGCUCAGCACCCUGUCCAAGUGCUGCCACGCGACAGUGGCGCUCAUCUACCCCUUCACCUGGCAGCACACCUACAUCCCGGUGCUGCCGCCUGCCAUGAUUGACAUCGUGUGCUCGCCCACCCCCUUCCUCAUCGGGCUGCUCUCCAGCUCGCUGCCGCUGCUCAGGGAGCUGCCGCUGGAAGAGGUCCUUGUGGUCGACCUGGUCAACAGUCGCUUCCUCAGACAGAUGGAAGACGAGGAUUCCAUCCUGCCCCGCAAGCUGCAGGUAGCGCUGGAACACAUUCUGGAACAGAGGAACGACCUGGCUUGUGACCAGGAGGAAGGGUCCCCUGACUGCAAGCACAGCCCCGAGUCCAGCCCCUUGAACGAGGUGGUGUCUGAAGCCUUUGUCCGCUUCUUCGUGGAGACCGUGGGCCACUACUCCUUGUUCCUGACGUCGGGCGAGCGCGAGGAGAGGACCCUGCAGCGAGAGGCCUUCCGCAAAGCUGUCUCCUCCAAGAGCCUCCGCCGCUUCCUGGAGGUCUUCAUGGAGACCCAGAUGUUUCGGGGCUUCAUCCAGGAGCGGGAGCUGCGCCAUCAGGAUGCCAAGGGUCUAUUUGAGGUCCGAGCCCAAGAGUAUCUGGAAACACUCCCCAGUGGAGAGCACAGCGGUGUCAAUAAGUUCCUGAAGGGACUAGGCAAUAAAAUGAAGUUUCUCCACAAGAAAUAACCCUCAGCUCAGCCUCAAGGGACAACUUCCUCCUAGUGCGACCACAUGCUUUAAAAACAGUUCCUGGUGGCCUUUCUGAAAGGCUGGGUCCCUGGCUGUCCCAGUGCUGGGUGAGCGACCAGGACGUUUCCUGCCACCGCCGAGCUCUCCCCGGACCGGGGCCUGAGAGCCGCCCAGCGGAUGCCAUGGAAAGGGAGCCUGAGAGCAGGCCUGCGCCGACACGCACACGGAUUGUUUAGGUUUGGGGAUUGGGGUUUUUUUAAUCUUAGAUAUUAAAAAUAAGAAAAGCGUUUGGGUUUUCUUUUUAUUAUGCCAGGGCUAGGAAAAAUCUCCCCUGCACUGCUCUGUCCUGUUCAUCCUGUCCGGCGGCUCGGCUCUGGAGCCAGGAUCAGAACGAGGCUCUCCUCUGGGCAGGACUGGGGACAGGCGUGGGACGUGAGCCGGGAGGGAGGCUGGGAAGCCUGGGGACACGUGCAGAUGCUGGUGCCCCAGGUCCAGAGCGAUCCCCUUGGUGGACAGAUGGGCCCUUCCCCUGGGGCAGAGGCCAGGGAGCAAGGGGAGCAUUAGGGGAUGUGGCUUCCCGGACGGACCAGCUGCUCUUCCAGAAUGGUCAGUGAUGCCACCUGGUGGCCGAGGCCACGGACUGCUCUCUUCCCUAGUGGACCUGACUCUUCUCCAGUGCCUUUUCCCUCUUACAAGCCAUAGAGCUGAGCCAGGCUUGGCCUGCGCCUGUGGUCCCAGCUACUCAGGAGGCUGAGGUGGGAGGGGCGCUGGAGCAGUUCCCAAGUUCAAGGCUGCAGUGAGCUGUGACCACUCUACUGCACUCGGGAGACAGCGAGACCCUGUCUCAAAAUAAAUAAAUAAAAAGAAGCCAUGGAACCGUCUGUUGCCUAAGUCCAUGGCUUUUAGAGGUGUACACACAAAAAGAAAAAGUCUCCUUAGAUCUGUUAAAGAGGUUCUUGGGGUCCUAAAGUUUCUGACACUGCCCAGGCCCACCUCACAACACAUAGGCCAGCACUUUGGCCCCGUUGCCAUGUACACUAUGUGAAGUAUUCUCAUCUCGCUCCAGGAACCCGGGCCCGCGCACGUGAAAUAGUGCCUGUGCAGGCUCAGUGCCAGGGAGGGUCAACACGCUGGGGCAGCUUCAUCAGACUCCUGCAGCCAGAGAAGCAGCUGGCAUCCUCUGCACUAGAAGCAGGGAGGGCGAGGGAGAAGGCCACACCUCAGGACCACCUGAGGGCUGGCCCACAGCGCAGAGAAGGGAGGAGUCCUGUGCACAGCACAGGCAAGUCCUCAGAGCCAGCCUCAGGGCCACCCGGAGCCCCGUGCCUGCAGAUGCCACCGUACAGCCCCUCUGGACGCCGUCCGUGGCCCUGACAGAGACACAAAAGGGCUGUGCAGUGACCUGGCGACCGCCCAGGGGCCUGUGCUGCCUGGCAGAGGGUCUCAGCCUUUAGGGAGUUGGGAGCAAAGGGGUCUUCUGAGGAAAAAUGGGAACAAGAGGAAAAGGAGAAGGGACAGACUUCUUCUGCAUUAGGGGUAACUACCGCUUGGCUGGAGUUGUGAACCACUCCCGAAUUGCAUCUGAGAUUUGGUGUGUCCAUUUACUUUUCAGGAAAGAGGAGCCUUACUCUAUAUCUGAUUCUCAAAGGCCCCCUAGAAUGGUAGGGACCACACUAUGCAUAGAAAUUAGCCUGGAUAGAUGUGUGUGGCUGGGGCUUAGGGGGACGCUGAAUGAGUCUCUGAGUGUAGGGGCUCAGGAAUGUGUAUCUAACAAGCUCCUCCGAUUAGCAAACUUUAUUAAUAUUCUGCAUAUUUUUAUAUUGCCCAGAAAUGAUCACUUUUAAUAUUUUGGAAUAUACUUUCUUUCCUAACUUAUUUCACAUUAUGUUGUUUACUUAAUACCUCUAAGUGAAUAAAUAUACAUCUUUUCAACACUCCUAA